GUUGUAAGCAUAAAUAGCUAUCUCUCUCUGGUCAGGCAACACUCACUUUGUUACUCCACUUCUAUCGUUUUAUCCUCAGCGACUAAGCAUCUACAUUCAUUCAAAAUGGCGCUCAACAAGGACGUUGUUUCUGGGUCGUCUGAACGUUUACUGCGCCGUAUAAAACGGGACGAAGCUCGAGAUGCUGCAUCCAUCAUCGCGGCAAGAAAUCGACAGGCUGAAUUCAUCAUCGCGGCAAGAGAGCACAACAGCCAAAUCGACUGCUCCUCUAACAGUAAAAGCCACUUCCUUGCGGCACCCCAGGAGGUGCGAUUCAGGAUCUACGACUUUGUACGUCUGCAGCCUGAGCGCUUCCGAUACUUGCGCACUACCUGCGGCCGACUUCGCGAUGAACUCGACCAAUUUGACCUCAGCUAUCACAAAUUCGUCCUCGCAGCAAUCAAUAAACAAGGGGGCCUUUUUGGACGGCAAUUCGAAUUCAACGUCUCCCCUGAAACAGAAUAUCGAAGGUCCAAGCGGGCUAUAACGAUCAACCUCUCACUCGAUUGCGAUUUCUUUUGUCGGGCACCUGGCAAAGUCACAUUUCGUCCUCAAGUCGUGGAUGCGCGUUUCAGCGAGUCGCCACUUUUGGAAAUACUUGCACUCGAAGCCUGCGAUGUUGUACUCAAUUUACGAGGCCCAAAACUGCUCAACCCCAGCUUUAACAUACUUUCACGCAUAGUCCAGGUGUUGCCCAUAUUAUGUCGGUGCAGCAACUCCCCUAGGAUCGAAAUCUCAUGGAGUUUGGGCGAAGCAGCGUUGAACCUCAGGAAUUGUUACGCUUGUAUUACGGAUUUUCCUCAUUAUAUGGAUUCUCGCUUCUUCGGACCCAGACUAUGGAAGCUGGAAUAUCCAUUCGGCACGGGGUUUCCGCAGAGCAAAGAUGCGGAUGAACCUUCUGCAAUCCUGCAAAUCAACAAGAACGGGAAUGCUGGUCGCUAUGUCGCUUGCACGCCACCCCUUCUGGAGAAAUUAUCUCCCGAUCAGAAGAAAGAAUUCUCUUCGAUUCUUUAUUGGCCUCACGACUUAAUUGGGAACUGUAUCAAGAAACUCGUGAACAUUGCUAAGAUCAACAACAACACAACACUCUUACAAGAUCUUGAACAAGCCAGAGAGUUUUAUUCUGAUACACUAUCGAGGUCGCUACACGAGUUCCGCAUGAACUCGCCAACGCCAGGAACUGCUUCAAGAACCCCCUAAGCACACAGCUUUUGCAGACAUGAACGUUAUUUGCGGCCUUCUGUGCCGUGACUUAUCGCUUUGAUGUAAAUGACACCAAGAAAGGUGGGGCCUUGUUCGGUAUGCAUGAUUCUCGGCCCACAUACUUGCAUAAGUCUUGGCCUGCUGGGCAAUCAACAUCAUUACAUAGUCCUAUGCAAACCUCUUUCAGCACGUAGGCAGAAACUAGAGUAUACCCAUAAGCAAUGCAUUUCCGCGAUCUACAUAUCCAGCCAGGUGUUCGAGUCUAUACCAAAGCCGGCAUGCCUGCUGCCAGCCAGACCUCUCUUUCGACCGUCUCUCUAUCCGC